AUGAGAAAUUGGGCAGAUUAUUGGAGGUCUCUUUUCAAGAAAAUCACAGUGGAAGACAUCAAUAAUUAUGAGAAGAAUUAUAAAGGAUCAGAAAUAGAGAUCAAAGACUUAAAGCGUGCUUAUAUGGAUAGCAAAGGAGACAUGGAUUACAUCUUAGAAACAGUUCCUUUUACCAGCUGUGAUGAUGAACCCAGGCUACAUGAUAUUAUUCAAGGUCUUAUAGAAAAAGGUGAAGUGCCAGAGUAUAAGGCCUUCACACAGGAGAAUGAUAAGAAAAAGCAACGUAGAAAGCGUAAGAAUGAAGCAUACAUGUUCUAUUUCUUUGCAUGUAAAGAAACAGUUAUUUAA